ACGGGCACGGGCAGCGUGCGGCGAUGGGGCUGGAGCGCGGCAAAGGUGGGCCCCAGAUGGGUGCUGGUAGGGGUUGUGGCACCGUGGGGGUACCCGGGCGUGGGGACCCCCCUUCCCUAUCCGAAAACCGACCCGGUGCAGGCGUGAGGGCCGGCACGGCCUCGCCUGGCACGACGCGGGGGAGAUGAGGGAGAGGCGAAAGGUGGUGUCGGUCCUGGCGGAGGGAGAGCAGAGCGGAUCUGGCAGCCGCCAGCCCCAACCUCUGCCCUUCCCGCGGCGAAACGAGCUCCAGGCGGCGGGAGCAGCAUCCCUUCCCCGCGCCGCCGCCCCCGGGGCCCCGAGCCCUGCGCACGCUCCUCGCCUCCUGCUGACUUCAGCGCAUCGGCUUGGGCUCGGCGCCUGUAAAUUCCUCGCAAAACCUGGGCCUAAAAUAUCUGGAGGAGGACGGAGGAGCGCCUUGGGCGAGGGAGAUGAGAUCUUCAGCUGCGGGAGAGAGGGAGGCUGCUCCGCUGCAGGCGGUGGGGCCGUGCCGGGCUCCUCCAGCUGCCGGCCCCCGGGGAAUUCGCCAGGAAUAAAUCUCGCCCCGGCAAACUUGGUGGCUGGGCUCGGGACAGAAGCGCCCGAAGGAGCGAGGGGCACCCGGGGCGGUGGCAUGGGAGCGGGGCUGGGGCUCGGUGGCUGAGGAGGGACAAUAAAUGCUGAGAGGGAGGCGCUAGGCGGGAGCUGUGUGAGAACCAGUUUGCGAGGUCCAGAUUGGCAGCAGAUCCUGAACCAGGAGGAGCUGAGCAUCCAUACGGCCCCUGCCGAGAUCAGACGAGACGACAGCGACUCGGUUUGGGGGAAGAAAUUGGAGGCGGGGGAAGCUUUUUUGCUGAAAUGAAAUUUGAACCCCAAAGUGGGAGGGAAGUGGAGGUGGGGGGCACGGCUCUCUCCACAUGGUUAUUACUGCUGUUUUCCACCCAGCUGAAAGGAGAAUGUAGCUUAAUAUGGACCCGCGGGGAGGAGAAGCGCUCGGGAACGGGGAUUUGUCAGGAGGGAGCUGGGAAACAGCGAGCGAGACGUAGAGAUGGGAGCUCGGUCGCCUGCCAGCCCGGCGCACUGGAGAACGGUGCCAGCCCGCCAGCCGAGUGGUUCCCGCGCGCCCAGGGCUCCGGCCUCCGCCAGCCCAGCAGCGACGGCGACGGCCCCUGACCUGCAGCUUCAAAGUGAACCUGCACUGCAAGCACCCGCGGCCCAGAGAGCUCACAAAGUGCAACAGCAGGAGCAGCAGCAGAGCCGAGGGUCCCUGUCUCACCAUCCCCGACCCCCAUGUCAGCAACUGCUCGGCCAAGCGGCACGCGGGGGAGGAGGAGUUCAGGAUGCGCGUGAAGCCCCCGGGCCCAGUGGUAACGACCAGCGUUGUGCGCGGCUCGCCCGACUACGUCCGAGAGCCCAAAUUCUACCCGCCGGGGCACCCGGCGCAGCGGCCCCCGGCCUGCCCGGCGGAGAAGGCUUUAUCCUGCAGCGUGCUGAGCUUCCCUGAGGGCUCGUGCCCCGCGCUCGGCCGGGAGCACCAGGCAGGCUCGCUGCUGCACGGCGACCCGGCCGACCGGUGCCAGAGCGUGCACGGCGGCACCAAGGCGGCCGAGGACUUGCUGGGCUGCGCCGGCGAGCCCCGGAUCCUGGGGGGCAGCGCGGAGGAGGCAGCCGCCCGCGACCGGGCGCCCAAGACCUUCCCCAACGCGACGCUGGCCUCGGGCCGCUGCAACGUCGACAGCAUCGUCGCCCUGCUCCGGAGCAAGUGCGGCAACGGGCACAUCAACCUCCACCCCGUGGUGCAGCUCAUCGACAUCAUGAAGGACCUCAACCGCCUCUCCGAGGACCUCAAGAGCAGCGGGGUGCACCUGGACUGCGGCAGCCUCCGCGGCGGCGGCGGCGGUGGCCACGAGGACGGCCGCCUCCUGCCCGCCGACCGCGACCUCCAGUACAGCUUCUUCUCCUCGCCCUCCCUGGCCAACAGCAUCCGCAGCCCCGAGGAGCGCGGGGUGCUCUGCAAAGCCGAGCCGCCGCGGCACCCCCGGCCCCCGGCCCGCGACGGGGAGGCCGAGGGCGGGGGGGGGAGCGCCCCGCAGCCUCCUCCAGCCUCCAAAGCGCCCGCGGAGGAAGCCGGUUGCUCGCAGCCCGACGCCGGCGACUACUCGGACCUGGCCGAGGCGGACAUCCUGAACGAACUGGCCUCCCUGGCGUGCCCGGGGACGCAGCUGCUGGAGUCGCAGUCGAUGGAGGCGCAGCCCCAGUUGCUCCCGGCCCAAGAGCUGGACUCCCAGUCCCGGCUGCUGGAUUCCCAGUCGCUGGAGUCGCAGCCCCAGCUGCUCGAUUCGCAGAGCUUGGAGCCGCUGCCGGAGUCGCUGGAGCUGCAGAACCUGGAGCCGCUGGGGCUGCAGUCGCUGGAGCCGCUCUCCGAGUCGCUGGAGCUGCAGUCGCUGGAGCCGCUCUCCGAAUCGCUGGAGCUGCAGUCGCUGGAGCCGUUGGCGGAGCCGCUGGGGCUGCAGACGCUGGAGCCGCUGCCCGGAGCCCUGGAGCCGCAGCUCCUGGAGGCGCGGGCCCCGCUGCUGGCCACCGAGCCCUCACUGCUGGAGGCACAGCCGCUGGGGCCCGUGCCGGAGCUGCUGGAGGCGCAGGCGGGCACCGGGGACCCGCUGCGGCCCCACGGCCUGCAACCCCGCCUGGGGGGGUGUCCCCUGAGCAGCGUGGUGAAACGUGGCCCCUGUGGGGGCCGGGGGGCCGGGAGGUGCGGCGAGGACCACCGCAAGUAUGCGCUGCGCCGGACUGACAAGCCAAAGAUGCUGUGCCGCAGGAGGAGGGCAGGGCGAGGGCGCCGGGCGGACGUCGCCCCCGAGAGCCGCGUCCUGCCCCUCGCCCUGCCCGCCGAGGUGCCCCCGGGGCCCGAGGAGCCCAGCACCACCCCACUGCUGACCCCCCCGCCGCCCCCCGAAGCCCUGGACUCCGACGAGGUGCCCAAGGCCCCCGCGGCAGGGAAGAAGAGCAAGUGCCGCGGGGUGCGGAAGAUGGUGGUGAAGAUGGCCAAGAUCCCCGUGUCGCUUGGGAGGAGGAACAAAACCACCUACAAGGUGUCCUCGCUCAGCAGCAACCUGAACCUGGAGGGCAAGGAGCUGGCGGCCAGCAGCUCCAUGGAGCCCACGCCGCUGCUCAAGAUGAAGAACAACGGGCGCAACGUGGUGGUGGUCUUCCCCCCGGGCGAGAUGCCCAUCAUCCUGAAGCGCAAGCGGGGCAGGCCCCCCAAGAACCUGCUGCUGGGCCAGGCCAAACCCAAGGAGCCCGCCCCGGAGGUGAAGAAGAGGAGGAGGAGGAAGCAGAAGCUGGCCUCGCCCCAGCCCUCCUACAUCGCCGACACCAACGACAGCAAGGCCGACUACUCGGACGUGCUGGCCAAGCUGGCGUUCCUCAACAGGCAGAGCCAGUGCUCGGGGCGCUGCUCGCCGCCCCGCUGCUGGACACCCAGCGAGCCCGAGUCCAUCCACCAGGCCCCCGACACGCAGAGCAUCUCCCACUUCUUGCACCGCGUGCAGGGCUUCCGCCGGCGCGGCGGCAAGGCGGGCGGCUUCGGUGGGCGCGGUGGUGGGCACGCCGCCCGUGCCUCCCGCUGCUCCUUCAGCGACUUCUUCGAGGGCAUCGGCAAGAAGAAGAAGGCCCCCGCCGCCGUGCACGCCGACCCCGUGCACCCGCGCAAGAGGGGCCGGCCGGAGCCUGACCCCGUGGGCAAGCCCAAGCGCAAGCGGCGGACCCGCAAGAACGGGGUGCUCUUCCCCGAGCAAAACCCCGGGCAGAGCUUCAGCGACAGUGCCUCCGAGUGGGCCGGGGAGAAGGGCAGCCCCUGGGCCCCCCACCACGGCCACGCCGCCGGCCAGCCCAGCCGCAACUGCAGCUACCAGGGGGCCGAGGCCAGGCCCUUCCACGCCGCGGCGCUGGAGUCGGGCUCCUCCGGCCGGGCCGGCUUCUACACCGGCAGCGCGGCGUCCUCGCAGGCCGAGGUCAGCCAGGAGCGGCACAGCCUCUUCACGGGGUAUUUCCGCUCCUUGCUGGACUCGGACGACUCCUCUGACCUGCUGGACUUCGCCCUCUCGGCCUCGCGCUCCGAGUCCCGCAAAUCGGCGGCCGCCUACACGGCUCCCCCCAACGCCCUGGCGGGUCAACGGGGGGGCUUGGCCGCCUACCCGGCCCGGGGGGGCAAAGUGGCGGCAGCAGCAGCGGCCCCCGGCGCCGAGGCCGCUUUCCACGCGGCCAUGCAGGGCCGCCAGGCCUUCCCUCCCGGCCGCCCCGCCGCCGGUUACGGGGUGGCACAAGGAGCCUCGGAGUGCCGCGGCGCCGAGGCCUUCCCCAAACUGGUGCCACCCUCGGCCGUGUCGCGGUCGCCCACGGCGCACCCGGCGGCCAGCGGCACCCCCGGCUACCCCCAGUACGGCGGCUACAGCGCGGGGCAGAGCGUGGCGCCCGCCAGCGUCUUCCCCCCGGGGAAGCAGUACCCGUCGGCGCAGGACUGCCCCAGCAGCAAGGACUGCAGCUUCGCCUACGGCAGCGGCAGCAGCCUCCCGUCCUCCCCCAGCAGCGCCCACAGCGCCGGCUACGCGCAGCAGACGGCCGGCCCCAGCCUGCCGCUGGGCAAAGCUUCCUUCUUCAACAGCGCCGAGGGCGGCCAGUUCUCCAGCGCCGCCCACACCCCGCUGCGCUGCGACAGCCGGGCCAGCACCGUCUCGCCCGGAGGCUACAUGGUGCCCAAAGGCUCGGCCUCCUUCCAGCCCUCGCCCGAGAACUGCCGGCAGUUCCCCAGCGCGUCCCAGUGGGCUUUCCGGCAGGGCUACGGCGGCUUGGACUGGAGCUCGGAGGCUUUCAGCCAGCUCUACAACCCGGGCUUCGAGUGCCACCUCAACGAGCCCAACGUCAUCCUGGACAUCUCCAACUACACCCCGCAGAAGGCCAAGCAGCAGACGGUCUCCGAGACCUUCUCCGAAUCCUCCUCCGACAGCACCCAGUUCAACCAGCCGGCCGGCUACCGGCGCGCCAACAGCGAGGCCUCGUCCAGCGAGGGCCAGUCCAGCCUCUCCAGCCUGGAGAAGCUCAUGAUGGACUGGAACGAGGCCUCUUCGGCCCCCGGCUACAACUGGAACCAGAGCGUCCUCUUCCAGAGCAACUCCAAGCCCGGCCGGGGCCGGCGGAAGAAGGUGGACAUGUUCGACACGUCCCACCUGAACUUCUCCUCCUCGUCCUCCUCCUCCUCCGUCUACCCCUCCAAGAGGAGCACGGGGCCGCGGCAGCCCCGGGGCUCCCGAGGGGCCUGCGCCUCCAAGAAGGAGCGGGGAACGGGCAAGGCCAAGUUCCCCACCAAGUCGCAGCCGGUGAACCCCCUCUUCCAAGAGAGCACGGACCUGGGCUUGGACUACUACAGCGGGGACAGCAGCAUGUCCCCCCUGCCCUCCCAGUCCCGGGGCUUCGGGGUGGGCGAGCGGGACCCCUGCGACUACGCCGGGCCUUACUCCAUGAACCCCUCCACCCCCUCGGACGGGACGUUCGUGCAGGGCUUUCAGAGCGACUCCCCCGGCUUGGGGCAGCCGGAUUUGGAGAGCAAGCACUUCCCCGCCCUCCCUCACCAGCUGGCGGCCCCCGGCCAGCAGACUGUUUUCGAGGCCGGGCUGCAGAAAGCCUUCUCGCCCAACUGCUCGCCCACCCUGGCCUUCAAGGAGGACCUGCGGGCGGGCGACCUGCGCAAGCUGCCGGCCUGCGACUCGCUCAAACACAGCAUGCAGGGGGGGGGGGCCCUGCCGCACGCCCCGCACAUGGCCUGCCGCGACCUCCCCAUGCCUCAGCCACACUACGACUCCCCCAGCUGCAAAAAUCCCCCCUACUGGUACUCGCCCAACGCCAGCACCCGCAGCCCCUCCUCGUACGACGGCAAGGCGGGGGCCGGCAUGCUGGUGGACUUCAUGGGCAGGACGGACCCCUCGUGUCUCAACCCCCACCUGAGCAGCCCGAGCGGCGCCCACCCCCCCAAGGGCGAGAAGGAGCCCUUGGAGAUGGCCCGGGCUCACCACCGAGGCCCCUACGCUUGCCCCCUGAUCAAUGACUUGAAUAUCUCCCCCGUACCGAGAGACUCAAUGCUGCAGCUGCAGGACAACUACAGGUACCCCCCCAGUUUUGCACCCCAAGGGCACCCCGUCAUGGCCCCCGCCCAGAAGAGCGGGUUUUUGGGGCCGAUGGUAGAGCAACAGCACCCCGAGGACACUUUUACGGUCACCUCAUUGUAGUGUCUGCUGACGUGCCAACCGGACAACGAGGUUUUGUUACAGGAGGUAAUUUAGCCAGCACUUUUUUUCUGGAACACUUUUCAAGUUCUGUAUUUAACUGGGAUUGGAACCGUUUGUUUGUUUUCUAAAAAAAAAAAAAAAAAAAUAAGAAAAAAAAAAGAAAAGAAAAGAAAAAAAGGGAAAAAAAAAGAAAAAAAAUGAAAAAAAAAAAAAUAAGUGAAGCGAAAGAGAAAAAAAAUAACGGAAGAAGAGAAAAGGAAGAGAGAGACCCCCCCCUCCCCCAGUUUUUUUCCCCCCUUCAUACUAAAACCCGCUCCGUCUGAGAACGCCCCGGCUCUGCUUUCCGGACUGCCGCCCCCCACCUCCCGCCCCGCAGCAGGACAAUCGGACGGACAGACGGACGGACGGCCAGCCGGACGGACGGACGGACAGCACCGGCCCCCGCCGAGCCCAGGGCAGAGAGGCGGCCACGAGACCUGUGGGGUCAGCGGCCCCGAGCCCCCUCCCCGGUGCCGCGGGGACCCUCGGCCGCCCUCGGAGGGUCUGGUUUGUGGUUUUUGGUUUGUUUUUUUUUUUUUUGCUUUUUUUUUGUUUUUCUUUCUUUUUUUUUUUUUUCUGUUUUCCUCCCCGUUUGCUCGCUUGCUGGGGGUGUUUUUCUCGCCGGAUGACGCCGAUGGGUGUUCGGGAGAGCUGGCCGCACGCAGACUUUUUGGCAGCUUCGCCGUGGGGCUCGGAGACGCAGACGGUGCCCAGCAGCCCAGCCAGCGGAGCCCCCGCGCCCUCGGCCCCCCGAGCCCACCCGACGGCCCCGGCCACCGGAGCAGAGAGGAGAGGAGGAGAGGAGAGGAGGGGGCCGCCGCCGGUGCCCCCCGGCCCCGCCGCCCCGCUUCGUCGUCCCCCCCCCCGGCCCCCGCCCCGGCCGUGGCGCCGGCGCCGCGCUCUCCUCCCGCCAGAAGCAGAGGGACUCUUUGGAUUUAUUAUUAUUAUUUUUUUUUUUAAUUUUUUUUUAUUAUUAUUAUUUUAUUAAGUUUCGUUUUCUGCACAAAAACCAGCAAUUGUAAAUACUUUUGAAGAAAAGGAGAAAAUACAAAAAAAAAAAAUGUUUAAGGAAAAAAAAAAAUUUAAAAAAGACGAAAACUCACAAAAAAAAAAAUAAAAAAUAAAUAAAUAAAGGAGAGCCACACACCUGGGAGAGAAUCAAAAAGUUGACGGAGAAUAAAAAAAAAAUAAUAAAAUAAAAACUGAAGCGCAAGAGAGGCGGAUAUGCAGGAGAGAAGAGCAAAAACCCACCAGUAUGCACUGAGAAAAUUUAUUUACAGAUCGAUCGACAAAAAAAAAAAAAAAAAAAAAAAAAAAAAAAAAAA